AUGAUCCGACUGUGCUUCGGCCUUCUUCUGGCGCCUGCCCACGCUGCCUUCUGCCCGAAGGGCUUCGGCCUCGGAUCUUUUCCAAAGGAAUACAAGAUCCCCGCCUGGCCAAACGACCUGUCCUGGGAACAGAGCGCGCAGCUCCGAACCAUUGCGCUUGAUGGCUUCAAGCGUGAGAGCCUUAACGAGGAGUAUCUGGAAGGUCCAAAUGCAGAGUUCCAGAUGCAGGGUCGUGAGACAUACUGGCAAGCAUCGGGCCAGUACUUCAUGUACUACUGCCAGCGCUUUCGAAAGUGGCGAAUAGCCGAGAUCAGUGCCUUCAGUCAGAACAUGGCCGGCGAUUGCUACGCUUUUGUGUCAGAUGCCCAUCCCAACCGGGACAUCCAGAACGUUUCGCUGCUGAAAGGGUUCAUCGAAGUGGAGAACGGCCAGUGGGUCAACCGGGAGGACGCCGGCGUGUCAAAACUCGGCCGCCUGGGCGACCAGCUCGACGAGGCUGAGGCUGAGGAGGCCCAGGUUCUUCUGUUGGCCGCCUCGCACUUUCCACAGGCAGAGGAGGCUUGCGAUGCGACGCUGGAGCAGCCCGAGGACGGCGAGACCUCGAAAUGCCCUGUGAUGCCAGUGGUGCGCAAAGCCAGGGACAAGGUGGUUCAGGCAGCAAAAGAAGCUGGAAAGUGGGCCAGGAGGCUUUUCCCCAACUACCUGGGAGCACCAGAUGAGGAGGACAUAGCCCCCGAAAAGCAAAACCCGCUCUUUGCUGGAGAUGUACCUGCAAAGGGCGGCUGCAACUUACAGACUUUGGACGGCUGCAGCUUCAAGGAGCAGUUCUUCAUCGAGAAGCAGCGGAAUUCUUCAGAAGACCAGCGAAAAAGCGAGCUGCAGCGUCUUGCCCGGAUGCAAGACGUUGUCAUGAAGCCAGACCAGAAGGAUUGGCUGAUGACCCGGGUUCGAAUUCUACAAGAGCUCACCGCCAAGGAUGCCUAA